AUGCCACUCGCCAUGGGCGGAGCAGAGCUUGCCCGCGAGACACGCGGGGUUGAAUACAUUCUCAAGGCUUAUGCUUCAGGGGUACCGCUCUUUCCACGGUCAUUACUAGAGGACCUUGACCGACAGCUGGCACUAAACGGAGACUGUGUGUAUAUUAACAACAUUGACAAUAUCCCACAAGAACACUACAUUAAGGUUCCAUCCGUUUGCGGAAACUCGAGACCAGCUAGUGACCCCCAUGGAUCGCUUACGAAUUUAAGACCGGCAUCACCAGGGGAGGAGUUACAUUUCGAGUUAAACGCUAUAACGAUCAGCUACACAAAGCAUAUUAAGCCCCCAAAAUUUGCUCUCUCGGAAGUGACAAGCGCGUUCGGGCAGGCUCGCCAAGCGUGGCAGAAGAGCGAUGCCUGUAGGUCACUUAAGCAACAUCUCGCCACAGCAACCUUCUCUGUUUCCAUCAAUAAAAUUGUCUGCUUCGGCCUUGGGUCUCUGACCGGAACGGAUAAGCCCCACCCUUCCCGCUCCAAUACCCAGCACGCCGCAGUUGAGACGAUGGCAGAGGUCUUGAAAGAGAGAAGUGGGAGGAGUAUACAUUGCUAUGCUCAAGAGCCGGAGUACAACGCCGUCGACAAGGAAUUCCUCGAAACCAUUAAAAUCACGCCUGUUGAUGACCCCAAAGGUUUUUUGGAGGUCGACGCCAAUACUCUGGUCAUUUCGGUCAACCCUAAUGUACCUGUGAAGCAGAUCAUUGCUGAUAUUCAAUGGCCGGCAGCAAUGCUGUGGAAUACUGUUGAACCAGAAGAAGCAGAGACGCGUGAAUGGGAAAAGAUGGAGUCAGGCGCUUGGCUCUCUUGUAUUGCUCGAUCACAUCACCGAUAUCCUGUCCCAAAAGAUGAGGCUCGCAUUAUUGAUCAAGCGACGAACACCCUGGGAGACUUGCACAAGCCGCAGGUACCUCCUUCUAUACCCGUGGAACUCUGA